AUGAUACAAACAGAUUAUAAUCAACUAUCAUAUGUUGAAAUGGUCCAACAAUCGGUAGUAAUUGAAGAAGCAAAAUAUCCCACAUUAGAUCCAAUCAUUUUUAGUAAUGAACAAGGUGUAAAGGAAAUAAAGAAUGAUGGAUAGGUUGAGCAUUCAGCACCUCUUAAGGAAACAUAGAACAGAGCUCGCUUCUUAACCAGAUACUAUUGUUACUCAAUUCUAUAAUACAUAGGAGUUUUAUCAUUAUUUUUAUUGACCCAAGAUUUUAGAUUUGUUGAGGUUCUGUGUAUUGUGGAAUAUAGUCCAUUGGAUGGAAAUCAAUAUUUUUAUUAUUCCUCAGAGGAAUACAGAAAUGGAGAGGACUACAGGAAACUAUUCGGGAGGUACGAUUCUUUGUCAAAAUACUCAUUCAGGUGGACUUUCUAUGCCUCAUUAGCAUUAACUAUUAUAUUAACACUAAUUAUAGUUAUUGGAAGAUCUUCUCAAAUGAUUGUAUGAAAUCCUUAAUAAUCUUAUUAGACAAAGCUUUAAAAGUGGCUGUACAUAGUUUACACCAUUUUAAUUGCCUUAGAUUUGGGAGGAUUUGCAUGCAUUUCAAAAGGGUCAUGGAGAAACGAUGCUAAAAUAAUGUAUACAAAGAUUGUGUGUGGUGGUUUAAUUGGGAAUGCUCUACUCUAAAUCUUGCUGAUUAAGUUGAACAAAUCAUAUUCAAAUGGAAAACUACCCAUCAUUUUAAUUUGUCUACUGUUCACAAUCAACAAUCUUCUAUUUGCAUUUGGUUGCAGUUACAGUCUACCAAUUUUUGUUUUUGAAAUAUUAUUACCUUACGGAAUAUACUAUUUCAACCAAUUGAACAAAUCAUUAUUAACAAAUCCAAAAGAUUUACCGAAGUCAUUCAAUAUCUUGGAAUAUUUAAACAAAUAAUGCUCAAAAACUGAGACAGCCCUCCCAGACUAGAUAGGCAGUAAUUUGGCAUAGGUGAAGGGCGAUAAUCUCAUUAUCAACAAGAAGAUAUUGUUGGGUUAUUCAGUAAUUUUUGGUUAUUUGAUUUUCUUGAUCAUUUUGGGUUUUGUGGACGGUGGAGUUUGUAUUUUUAUGUCAGCAUCGACCCUGAUGUCUUUGCUUAAUACAUAGGUUGCUUCGUAGGUAUAGAUUAUAGUAUUAAUGAGUUUAGAGUCUUAAGGAUGAGGAUAUAUUGAUAGCAGUGUGUUUGACAUAUGUUGAUUUCUUCAGUCCAAUCAAAAACUUCAUCAGGUCGAUGAAAAAAUGA